UUGUUCCCAUUCGCCGUCCCCGAAAAAAUCGGCAUCCGAAUUUAUAUCGUUUGAGCAUUCUCAUUUAAUUGUCCCCAAAACACGACAAAUCUGCAGACAAAAAUAUAGAAGAAUUGUUGACCUUCUAAAACUCUUAAGGAAUAUGCCUGCAUCGCUAAAAGGCACUCACUCCUUUCUUGCGCUCAUCCUUCCCCCAAGAGUAAAUAAAACAAAAAAAAACAGAUGUUUGGACUUUAAUUGUGCUUUAACAAGACAAAAAAAAUUUUUAAAAGUAUAUGUUUACGGAAGUAAAAUUUUUUCUCUUUUCUUAAAGAAAAUUACGGAAGUAAACAACAUAAACGAUAUUUAA